AUGGCGCUCUUCAGGGCUUCUACCACCAUCUCCUUGGGCAAUGGGAGAAAAUCCUUAUUCUGGCACGACGACUGGACAGGGCGGGCCCCCCUGUCCCGGGCCUUCCCGGAGCUGUACAAAAUUGCCACCAGGAAGAGGAGAACUGUGAUGAAGGAGCUCCAGGAGGAGAACUGGAUCAGAUCGGUGGCCCGUCUUUCAUCGCCUACCCAUCUGCAGGAGUUCAUUGCCCUUGCAUCAGCUAUCUCUCAGGUUGAGUUGAACCCGGACCAGGAGGACUCCAUCGCUUGGCGGUGGACCCCAAAUUGCAUAUACUCUGCUGCUUCGGCCUACGCGGCCCAGUUCUCUGCAUCCUAUCCCAGGUUCUCCCCAGCCAAGAUUUGGGAGGCACACGCUGAGCCAAAAUGCAAGUUCUUCGCCUGGCUUGUGCUCCACGGAAAAAUCCUCACGGCUGACAUGCUAGUCGUUCGUGGCUGGCCGCACGACCCUCGCUGCCCCCUUUGCCUUGGGGCACCGGAGACGGCCACUCAUCUCUACAAGGACUACCCGUUUGCCGCCGCAGUUUGGUCUCAUGUCCAGGUGUGGACGGGAGAGGAUUCUGGGGCCACGCCCAUGUUGCCCCCUUCGAUGGGGAUUUCGGACUGGUGGGAUUCGUUCACCACCAAUUUGCCCAAGGACGACGGAAGAAGGCGGAGCGGCCGCUUCCUUUACACCAUCUGGAACAUCUGGAAGGAACGAAACCGACACAUCUUCAAUGGAACUCGCCUCACGCACCUAGAGGUAGCAGCUAUUGCCUUCGACGACAUCAAGCAAAGGACUUUGGCCUUUGGCCGAGCACAUGUGGCAGCCGGUAUUGGUUGA